AUGAUCCGGCAGCGGUUCUCGUCCAUCAAGAAGGACCUGAAGUCCAAGACGUCCAAGGAAGGAUGGAUCUUGCCCCGUCCCGAGUCGUCAUUCGCCGACCCAGGUGCUUGGACAAACAUUGACUGCGAUGUCACCCCAAUCGAGCGCCGCACGUGGUCCGCCUGGACCAUGUUCGGUUAUUGGUUCUCGGAUGCCCUCAACGCUCAGAGUUGGAUGGCGCCGGCAUCCAUCAUUGCCCUCGGCCUUACCUGGCGCGAGGCGGUAGUGUGCAUCAUCUUCGGCAGCUUGGUCUGCACCGUUCCGCUGGUCCUCAACGGCAUGGUGGGAGCCAAGAUUCACGUCCCCUACCCCGUCGCCAUACGCGCGUCGUUUGGAUGGUACUUCUCGCGCUUCGCCAUUGUCACCCGCGCCAUCACCGCUCUCUUCUGGCACGCUAUCCAGACUUACACAGGCUCCACCGCCAUGACCCAGAUCAUCCGCGCCAUCUGGCCCUCGUACCUCGACAUCCCCAACCAUAUCCCCGAGGGCGUCGGCAUCACAACGCAGGGCAUGGUCAGCCACCUCAUCUUCUGGAGCGUGCAGUUCCCCAUUCUGCUCAUCCCGCCCCACAAGCUCAAGUGGUUCUUCGUCGCCAAGUGCGUUCUGGUUCUCGUCGUCUCCAUUGCCAUGGUCAUCACCAUGACCUCCAAGGCCGGCGGCACGGGCGAGAUCUGGACUCUGCCGUACGGAGUCGAAGGCUCCGACCGGUCAUGGCUCAUCCUGUCCUCGCUGUCCAGCAUCACUGGCGGUUGGGCAACCAUGGCUACAAACAUUCCCGAUUUCACGCGUUACCUAAAGAGCGACAAGGGUGUCUACUGGCAAGUUCUUUUCCUGCCAGGGAUCCAGCUCGUUCUCGGCCUCUUCGGUAUCAUCUGCUGCUCCGCCGCCAAGGUGGUAUAUGGCCGGUACAUCUGGGAUCCGCUCGAGAUUGCCGCUCAAUGGGACGGUCCUGCCGGCCGCUGUGGCGCCUUCUUUGUCGGCCUCUGCUGGGUGGUUGCUCAGAUCGGUACCAAUCUGUCGGCCAACGUCAUCAGCUGCGCCAAUGACAUUUGCUGCCUGUUUCCCAAGUACGUCAACAUCAAGCGCGGCGUCAUUUUCGCCACCAUCACGGCGGCGUGGAUCAUGCAGCCAUGGAAGAUCAUCUACUCGGCCCAGUCCCUGCUCGCUUUCAUGGCAGGUCUCGGCAUCUUCCUUGCCCCCAUUGCCGCCAUGCUCAGUGCCGACUUCUGGGUCGUGCACAAGCAGCACUAUGAUGUCCCGGGUCUGUAUCGCGCCCACGGCCGCUACAGAUACAACAAGUGGGGAACCAACUGGCGUGCGGUCGUGGCUUUCAUUGUCAGCGUCAGCCCAACCCUCCCCGGCAUGGCUGCGAGCGUCAACCCUGCCAUCGGGCCCACGAUCGGCGAUGCGAAUAAACUGUACUUCAUGUUCUACAUCUGGGGCUACAUCAGCGCCUUCGCCGUUUACAGUAUCCUGAGCCACUUCUUCCCGUCGCCAGAAACGCAGAUCGACCACACCAUCUACGAGGACAGCGAUAUUAUCUCGGCAGCUGAGGACAAGGCCGACUCGGACGUCGCGGACGAGAAGAAAGCGGCAGAGGUGGAGACCUCAGCAGUCUGA